GAUAUUGAGCAAUGCGUUUCAGAUUUGAUUGGUGAUCUUUGCGCAAGCAGUUCGUGAGCUGAUCUUGCGUCCUCUUAGUAUUUAAUCACGCCGAAAUUACAUUAUGAAUACAGAUCUGGACAUGGACCCUCAGAGGAUCGUGGAUAUUGACGAACUGAAGUCGCACCUCAAUCUACCCCCGAAAGACCUCAGGACUCGCACGUCAGAUGUGACUGCAACAAAGGGUGUCGCUUUCGAGGACUUCGGGUUGAAGAUGGAUUUACUGAAGGGCAUUUUCGAGAAGGGCUUCGAAAUGCCGUCGCCUAUCCAAGAGGAAGCUAUCCCGAUCGCACUGGCUGGACGCAACGUACUGGCGAGGGCGAAGAACGGCACCGGCAAGACUGGUGCUUUUCUCAUUCCGCUGCUGAAUAUGGUCAAGCUGGAUAACAACAACGUACAGGCCAUAGUUCUGGUUCCGUCUAGAGAAUUGGCGCUGCAGGUCUCAGCCAUCUGCAAGGAGCUGGGCAAAUAUCUCGGAGUGCAGACUAUCGUGACGACAGGCGGCACUGAGUUGCGCGAUGACAUCAUGCGUUUCACGAAAACCGUUCACGUAGUGGUGGCGACGCCUGGACGCAUCUUAGAUCUGGUUGAGAAGGGCAUUGCGCGUGUGGGUGAGUGCCGGAUGCUAGUUCUGGACGAGGCAGAUAAGAUGCUGAGCCAGGAGUUCCAGAAGAUGGUCAGCAAUAUCCUCAACUAUCUGCCAAAAGAGCGCCAGGUGAUGCUGUUCUCUGCCACGUACCCUCGCACAGUGCAGGACUUUGUCAUGAGACACAUGUCAGACCCCUACGAGAUCAACUUGAUGGAGGAACUCACGCUCAAAGGAGUAACGCAGUACUACGCGUUUCUGGAGGAGAAGAGAAAAGUGCAAUGUCUGAACACUCUGUUCAAGAAGCUGCAGAUCAACCAAGCUAUCAUCUUCUGCAACUCUGUCAGUAGAGUAGAGCUGCUGGCUAAGAAAAUCGCACAGCUCAAGUACUCCUGCUACUACAUACACUCCAAAAUGGACCAGCGUCACAGGAAUCGUGUGUUCCACGAGUUCUCCAUCGGAAACUGUCGUAACCUAGUCUGUACUGACUUGUUCACACGUGGCAUUGACAUACCAGCGGUCAACGUGGUGUUCAACUUUGAUUUCCCCAAGAUGGCCGAGACCUACUUGCACCGAAUCGGGAGGAGCGGUAGAUUUGGACACCUCGGAAUUGCAAUUAACUUCAUCACGGAAAAUGACAAGCGCAAUCUGUUUCAAAUUGAGCGCGAACUGGGUACUGAGAUUAAGCCCUUCCCCACAGAAGUGCCGAAAAAGCUAUACGUGCCCGAGUAUCAGAUCGAUGAUAACGACCAAACGGAGGCGGCAGAAGCCAAGUCAUCAGAUGGAAAAUGAAAAUGAGAAGGAGUGAACAAGUGAACUAAAGGACAGACUUGGAAUGAAAGUAAUUGCACUCUAAAACAAGACUGAAUUAUUGUUUCUCACCACCACAACCACGAUAAUCCUGACAUUGUUGAAACCAUGAUACUGCUAUUCUCUGCAAAGUUGACCUCUUAAGUGGCAUUACAACUAAAACCGAAACCAAUCUGCUCAUUUUUAACUUGGAAUUUGAACAAUGUGAUUGAGAUCAACUGAUUGGCUUCGGUGUUAAAAUUGGACCCUGUUUGUUUAGUAUUCGUUCUGUAAAGUAGAACUAAUUAGAGUUUUGUUAAAUCUAAGUGAAAAUCAGCCUAAAAUGUCUAUAAUGCGAUGAGUGAGUUAUCUUAUCAGUGUUAUGAAUAUACCUUGAAGGUAUCCUAGAUAUAUUUGUUUUGAUCUUGAAUGGAAAGUUGGCAAGAAGUCUUUUAAA